ACACUCAAGUGCGUAGUCUUCAUUGCUGUCAUGAUUCUUUUUAUAAAUGCGAAAGACAGAAAUUAUUGCUCAAACUGUCAAACUCAAAGUAGAGUGAAAACUUGAAUAUCUCAAGUAGACCUAUUUGAUUUAGUGUGAGAGUUGUAAGAACGGAGAGAGAGAAAGAUGAAGUGCUAGUAACUCUGAAAAUCUGCCAAUCUUUAACAGAAAGCUAAAAUAUAGUUAUAAUACUAUCACCCUUCUAAUGGAACGCGAACUCUUUCGUUCAAUAACAAGGCUUACAAAUUAUAUGACGGAUCCCGAUUCCACGCACUCGACCUGCACUAAUGUGUGCUCUUCAGAGAGCUCUAAUCAAAAUUCUAAAAUCUUCUUCCAAGUUUUAGUCCUUUGUUGUUGCUUCUGCACCCGGAGAGUAUCUUAUUAAAAAAUCUAUAAUUCUUCUAUUUCCUUUUCUUAAUUUUCAUUGUGAAUGAUGAGUUGUUUCCAUGCAUCAUAACAUUCUUUUUUUUCCUUUGUUAGGAAGUGAAACUUGCUCACUGUGUACCAAGUGCCAUCUGGAAGAACAGUGUCUUUUCUGUAAUGGGUAAAACAUAAUGAAAUAAAAUGCCUGGUUGUCUGCACUUACCAAAUGAGCCUCCCUCUCAUGCACGGCAAGAUAAUGAUGGGGCCCAGAGGGAAGUUGGACUGUGGAGACCAUCCAUAUCUCUCUGGCCAAGGCAACCACUUCCUCGGUACUACAUCUACCAUUUCAAUGUGAUUUACAACCAUGCUCAAAGCUCUUUGUCAAGAACAUCUGACUCUGCACUGGCUCUGGACUUUACUUGUCAUCUUGUGCAACGGUUGGAGAAGUUGGGUUAUGUUAACAAUUACUUCCAUGACAGAGAUUUUCGAGCUGGCAGCAAUCUCAUGACAGAACUGGAGCGUGUUCUGGAAGGAUCAUGGCUUUCCAUCAUGGUCCUCACACCUGGCUUCAUAGAAGAUUGCCUUCCAAGGUAUCUCCAUAUGUCUGUGUUUCAAGAACUGAUGGCUGCACCGAAUCUCAGGGAGCACUUGAUUGUCGUGGCUUUAGGUGUCUCUCAUGAUGUAGUCCUGUCCCUUCUCCCCUCCUGUAGCUGUGUCUACCUGCAGGAUGAUUGGAGGCAGGAUACGAACAGCUGGAGGGAAAUUGAGACAUUUGUUGGGCAGAGUUUAUCCCCUUCUGUGCUGAAACUAGUUACUGGACACGCUGAGAGCCUGAAAAGUUGGUUGAAGUUUAAUGUUGAAGUGUCAAAGAAGUUCGGUCUGAUAUCCAAGUUACAUAAAGAUAAGGAAGUUCAACUCAACUUUGAUAAUGGUUGUGUCUGUGGUCAAUGCCCAAAAGUAAGGGAGAGAAGUCACCAUGUCAGCUCUUGUAUGUCAAGUUCAGAGGAUGAAUGGAUGAAUGACAAACGCAAGUGCCGUCAGUGGUCUGGUGUGCGUUAUGAUUGUGAGUCCUGGAAUAGACUACAAGAUGAAUCACGGGAUACACUCGGCACAAGUGAUGCUGUUGAUUACCUUCAAGGGCACACCAGAUGUGGUCAAUGUGUUCACACAUUGGAAAAAGAUGAGCCUGUCGAAUCAUCUUUUUUGUUCAAGGACAGGAUUAGUAGCUACUCUCUGAGAGAAUCCUCAAACUUUUCUUUUUCUUGCCAAGAUGACUUUCAGGCGAAAGGUAAGCUUGAAACUUUUGUUGGGACUCAAAAUGGUCACUCACAAAAUAGAGUACAUCAUCCUUGUAGACCUGAUCACAAAGAGAAGACAUAUAAUGAUUACGUUGGGAUGAGAGAAGUGCUCUUGAAAGAUACCCACUAUGGCACACAUUCUAAUGACCAAGAGCUUUAUUCUCACUCAAUGCCCAAUUCUCUUCUUCUAGGCAAGGGAAAUAUCAGCAAUGGAGACAUUAGUUCUUGGAGUCUCUUUCCAUCCAACUCAUUGAGACAUGGUGGGGAUGUUGAACCAUCUAGAUCUAAUGAAAGACUGAAGUUGAAUGAUUCUUCUUCAGACCUUGAAUUAAGUGGACUUUGUACUAGAGGAAAGAGACGAGCUAGUUUAUCUGACACCCAUUUUGGACAGACAAUCCCACAGGAGCACAGUGCAAAUCCUUUGAGGAAAUCGAAGUACAAAUCUGAGAUGGCUGUGAAUGGACUUGGCAUUCAACAAGGUUGUAAAGCUUCUCAUGUAAUUGACGACUCCCAAAUGGCAAACACAUCGUCUGAUACCCAGCUGUCUGAAACAGAAAAUAUCUGGCGUAAAACUGAGGAGAUAUUUCAAUUUGCAUUUGAUACCCCAAAAAGAACUUUCCAAAACGUGAGGCCUGCUCAUGAAAAUAAUGUCUCAAACUUCAAUGGUAACUCAAUCAAUUCAAGGAAUCAUUACCAUGAACUGAUUUGUGAUGUGCUGGAAAAUGACCGAUGUGGAGUUAAAAAGAAGUUUGCAAAUUACUCAAGUUUUGAACUGUUUCGAUGUAAUGACAAAACAGAUUGGGCUGAUACUACAACCUUUGACCAAGUCAGGUACAGAGAUACAGAUAUCAUUGAUGCCUGUGCGAGAACAAAAACAGCUGAGACUAUCAGUGACACAAGUAGUGAAGAUCUCAGCGAAGUGGAUGACAAUAUCAUUGCACUGAAUCUAUCCAAUGAUAUUGUGUCAGAUGACUGGCUUUCCAUUCCUCUGUCCUCAAAUUUCUUGUGUACUGAAUAUGAGAAUAUGUCAUCAGAUUCUGUAAAUGGAUACAGUUUGAAGGCAGAGCGGCAGACUUUUUACGAUGAAGAACAUGAUUAUGUUGAUCGAACAGCAACAGCUUUACGUAUUGCAAAUCAAAGUCCUAGUGGAGGUUGGCAGAUAAGAUCAAAGUUUGAAAACAUGACUGGCACAGUUGAUAGAACUCGUGUCUCUGAAGCUUCAGAGACCGGUGACUGGCAAUUAGAUGAAUCAUCAGAAGUCAUGCGUUCUAUUCAAAGUUACUUUCGAAAAAGGGAUUCAGUUUGCAACAAUGUUUUUGUAGAAAAUAAUAAUGACAUGAUGCAGGGUGACUCCAGUAAGGAACCUUUGGAAGCAAAUUUGAACAUUGUCACUGAAUACAUUGCCUCUGAAAUACUUGAGGAUAUGAGCAAAAGAAGUAGUCAUGCAGUUGAAGAAAGUAUUGAGAAAAGACAAACAGGGGAGGUAGGGCAUGUUUCUUCCAAAGCUGAACAGACUGAAGGAAAAUUGGAUAAAGUCCCUUCGCAAAGUGCCACUACUUUUGUAGAUGGGGGAAAGGACGAUGUGGAUAUGAAUUACUCACAGUUUGUGAGCAAUGUCAUAACUGAGGAGAUUGGCUCUUCAAAUUUAGUAGCUCAGGUACUCUCACAAGACAUUGUUUCAACUGUUGAGCCUGAGGUCAGUAGGACUAAUACUGAUCAGAUGGAGGAGAUAAGUUCCCAGAAUUCUAAGUUGGGACUGCCCACUCAAGCAACUACAGUCAAGCCAGAUGCAUGCAGUGAAGUAGAAACUCAAACAGACAUGGAGAAGCUUGUGAAAAGUACUGAAAAAGAUUUAUCUGUGAAAGAGAAGAUCAGAAAUAAUCAAGACACUGGCAAAAAAGCCCAAGUUGAUUUCUCUGUUAAAACUACUCACUCAACGUUUGUUAUAGCUGUAAACAGUUCAAAUGAGUCUCAAGAAGAACAAGCAGAUGAGCUUUCUGAAGUUCUAAAUAUUCCCCAGUCCCAUGAUGCAUCUUUUCCCAGUCCUAGAAGUCUCAGAGAAGGAGACAGUGGUUACUAUGGAGACAGCCUGAUGGCUUCCAACCACUCUGCUGAGCUACGCAGCUACACAAAUAACCUUGUCGCUCUAAAUAUUGCUCGCUCUCUUCAAGUUGAGGAGAGAGAGGUAUGUCCUUGUGUUGAGCUUGAAAGGGAAACUGGGUUUGUGGAGGAAAGGCAUGAAACACCAAAGGAAAAUUUAGAAGCUAGUCAGUCUGAAUCACAGGAUUUGCUGCCAACCAAGUUAAACCUCAAGACAGAGAAAAAAGAUGUUUCUAAAAAGAAUCGAACAGUAGAGGAGAAAGUUCAGGGUGAGGAUAUAAAUAUUGUAGCUUUCACUUUAAGUGAAAUGAUGUUACCAGACCUGGACAAUGUGCAAGAUACUAAUAAUGGAAACAAUGAGGCAAGAGAAUAUGAUGAGCAUAAAAAUGUAGAAAUUGAGAAUAAUAGUGGUUCACAAGAACUUCAAGGAAAUGUCUAUCAACUAGAUUCUGUUGAUUCAUCAACUGAUCCUAUCUGCAGUCAGGAGAAAACCAGUAUUCAGAAAGAAGAUGGAAAUGCAAUGUGUCAAAACAUUGAUGACAGCCAAAAUAAGGAGAUCGAUGGAAUCAAUGGAGAAGACAUAUCCACUGGGGAUGAAAAUGCCAUGCAUUAUAUUGAAAUCAUACAGACUUGUGACUCUGACAGGGAAGACCAAAUAAAAGUUAGGUUAUUAGAUUAUGACAACAUCAUAGAUUCGAAAGUGGAUUGUUCUCAAAAUUUAGUGGCCCAGAACAUUGCUCUAGAACUGUGGAAUGAAGAUUCAUAUUCUGAAGAUAAUGCAACAGAAACAUGCUCGCCAACUCUUGUCGGUGUAGAAGAAAAGACUGUGACUUUUAACACAAUCAGUGGAGAAAUACAAAUUGUUGAGGGUGAAAAGGUCGAGACAGGAUGUGAAGGAGAUUGUUUUGGCGAUCUUCCAUCAGCAGAACAGAUCCUUGAAGGGGAUUCUGAAACUAGACAUCAGGACAGUGUUGAGAAUAGAGCAGUGGGGAGCAACAUUGAUGUUCAGGUUUCCUGCCAAAGUCCUGUGUCUGGUGAUCUAGGAUUAAAUGUUGACAUGACAGCAGCUGGUCAAAGCCAAGAUCUGACAAUUUCUUCUAUAAGUUCUAGUGACAUGAAAGCUGAGCAGGAGGGAAGCAAUACUGUAAACUUGAGAUUUCUUCCAGAUACAGUACAAGCGUCAGCUGAAAGUUUCAAUAUUGUGAGUGUUAGAAGAGCAAGUAGUGAAGAAAAUUCACAGAGAGUUACAGAAACAGUUGUCCCUACUGGUAGUCAUGAGAUUGUUGAGAGAGGGGUUGAAAGGGACACAGUCAGUGAGAAAGAGCAAAUACCGGAAGAUUUUGAAUCAAGUUUCACUGAUAAAAGUCAAAAAGAUUUAGAUAAUCUACUUCGUCAGGCUGGAUCAAUGGAGGGCACGCAUACUGUUUCUGAGUCCUCAUUUCACAAUGCACCAUAUAGCAGCAGCAUGGACAUUUACCCUUUCAGCAGUGGAAGUGUAGCUGCUGAGACCAUUUCGACCGUAUCAACAUCUUUUGCCUUCAUGACAACUUCCACAUCAACAACCACCAUAAUGUCGACGGUAACUACCUCAGCAAUUGUUACCCAGGAAGCCAAUACAACAGAUUCUGGACAUGUUAUAAUCCCAGGAGGUAGAGUUACAGGGUUUGGUUUGAGGGAAGAUGAAGCAGGCUCUGGCAAGAUGGAGACAGAAACGACUUUUGUUCAAGUUGUGAGAGAGGAUGUCAAGCUGGACUCAGAAAGAAGCUCUGUGUCUGUCACCAAAUCAGGAGGCAGAGUCACAGGGAUUGGUUUGGGGGAAGAAGAAGGAAGCAUUGGUAAGAUGGAGACAGAAACGGCUUCUGCUCAAAUUGUGAGAGACGAUGUCAAGCUGGACUCAGAAAGCAGCUCUGUGUCUGUCACCAAAUCAGAAGAAUCACCAACCGCUGAAAGCACUGAGUUUUUUACCUGGACGUAUGACUCCACUAUUGGGCAGAUGUCUGUAGCUAGUGUAUCAUCACCACCCACAACAACUACAGUCCCAACUACCACAACAUCCACAUCAACAACGACAACAACUACGGUGACGACAACUGUUGCAUCCAGUCAGUUCACUACUGCAGAGGUUCAGGCGUCUGGCACAGACACCAGGAGUUCUGUUGGUGACUGGUUGCUACCAAUCUAUAAAGGUGUUUGCCAUGUGAUCUCAAAACCAGAUAUGCCGUACAUGGGAUGAAAAUGAAUACCCUUGUAGAGCUUGGACAAGCGUGUCUACUAAACAAGAGGUAGGGAAAGUGAAACGAAGAGUCCCAACAGCAAAUUAGACGGUCUGAAGAAAAGAGUGUGACAACAUGGUCAAGUGGUAAGACAGUCUACUAUAACACAGACAGUUUACAAAUGUGACUAUAUAACACGGACAGUUUACAGAUAUAAACAUGUGUGAUAGACACUAAGACCCUCAUAGGAGUCUUGCGUUCAUAAUCUGUAUUGCUCAAGCUGAACAGAAAGAUAGGAACUCUUGCCUGCAUGAGCCAUGUUCUAUCCUCAUCAAUAGAGGCAAGCACAGUAAAGGACUGUAACAAUUAUAAUCUGAAAAAGGUGUGAUUUAUAGAAUAGUGUUGAUCUUUCCAUUUGUGAUAUGUGAUACUUUUUAUGGAAAUUUACAGCCUGUAUUUAGUUUCUGGAAAUCAUAGUCUAUAUCUAGUUUGUGUAAGCUCUAUUGAAGGGUCCUUUUCAUUUUCAGUUGUUUUUAUUUUGGGCAUUGUCAUAAGACACAACGAUAUUAUUUUGUUUUCAUUGAUGCUCUUUGUUCAGAGAACUUGACAGUCUUAUUAAAUAUGGUUAAGAACUGUUAAAUCACAUCUGUUGAAACGUUGUUGCGAACAAUCUUUCAUACAAUGGUACAAAAACACUUUCAGACCUAUAUUUUAUUUAUCUGUUUUUUAAUUAGAUCUAUGUCCAUCUUUGCACAGAUAUAAUUCCAAGCACAUAAUCUUUGCCCAUGCCUUAAUUGUGUGCCUUCUCAAAAUUAUGGAACUUGUUUUCUAAUAAUCUUUACCCAUUCCUAGUAAGGGAUAGAGGACAUGUGUAGCCUAUAUUCUGUGUUUUGAAAAUUUUGUCAGAAGUAAGACACACAAUGCAUAUUUAUGUUUUUAAUUAACAUAUGUAACAGAACUAAUCUUUAUUUGUGCCAUUAAAACUUACAGACUGCUGAUUCUCGUAAUUUUUAUACUUGCUGAAUUUUUUGCCUAAUUUUACAAAAGUUUAUAUAAUAGCAAAAGUUGUAAUGACCACUUCUACUUACAUGUGGCUGAUCUGUGCGUCUGCUUACUAGAGUCUCAUGUAGCCCCUGUAAGUUGUUUCAAAGGAAUAGUCUUGAUGUAUUAUCAGCUGUGUAAAUAAUGUACCUUGAGAAAGAAAAAGUGUGCUAUUUUUGAGGAUUUUAAUGUCAGUGAUUUUUAUGAUGCACAAUUUGAUUUUUUUAUUUCAAAAUCUGACGUGUAAAGUGGAAAUUGUCAUAUCUUCAAUAAUUAUUUCACAAACUUACUGUUGUUUGCUUUGCCAUUAUAAAACUUUUACAUGUACUUUUUCGCUUCUAAACAUGUGACUGUGAUAACAUGGGCAAUUUGGCCUGCCAUGGAUAGUGAGAGAGGAGGGAAACUAUGUACACGGGUUUUGUUUGUAUUUGUUGUUUUUUGAGUACACCCCUCUAUUGGCAAGGAGGUGUUCUUUUUCAAGUCAGACCACACAGUCUGCCAUCCAUGACGUGGAGCUGAGAGGAAAUUUUCUUGGAAGGACAAGGAAAAAUCUGGCUUCAGUUCAUAUUUUUAUUCCUUGCAGUUUAGCCUGUCAAUCAAUAUGAUAUCUAACAGAUAAAAGGGUAAACAUUUUUUCAUGUAUGCCAAGGAACGAAGUGCCAUCAAAAAUCAAAUCUCAGUGCAGGACUUCCUGCUUUGCUCAGAGCACGAUCAAAUAUAUAGGGUCUUAUUGCCUGCACAGGAGGUUUAGCUUGUUAUCUUUUAUGCGGCUACUUCUGAUCAUAUCUGUACUAUGUAUGACUUGUUGCAUUUCUUUAUCAGGUUUUGUUGGUUUUUUCUUGAGAAUUUUAUAUGUUAUAAUGAAGUCUUUAUAGUUGUACAGUAUGGCAUGGGCCUUGGUAUUCAGCCCUCAGUUAUCUUAUGUGGUCUUGACAUUGUCAUAGAAUGUAGACUUCAACUUAAUGUCUCAACCUUACUUUUUGUAACUUGGUUAAUGAUUGUUUAUUUUCCAUUUAUCGAAGCCUAUUAUUGUUAUUAUCAAAGCGUCAUUGUUACCAGUUUACUAUAGAAGUAAAAGAAGCUUUGAUCUGUCGUAUCAAAUAUACAGAUAUACCCUGUCAGUUUAUAAUAUAAAGUUAUGGGUUUUUUGUGUCAUGACACAGACACUUCUACGUUUUUAAUGGCAGGUUAGCUUGCAUACUUGUAUAAGUACAUUCCUACCUUUUUACACUGCCAGCUUUGGUAUCCUAUCAUAAUUCGUUCGAUAGCAAGACUAUCUUAUCAGACUCUUAUUUCGAAUAGCUUCUUGUUUUUCUCUUUUCUGUUUUUAGAGUCUACGUCCUGAUAGAUGAUUUUGCUUUGUCUAUUCCAAUUUUUAAGUUAUGUAAUUAAUGCGUUAUUUUGACACUUUUUGGUGAUUCUCUGAUUGAUCAGAAGUGAAACCAGUCUUUUCAUUCAAUGUGGCUUUGGUAAAGAUUACACACUCAAAGAAAGUGGGGAUCACAAACAAAAAAUCAUAAGACAUAUCUUUUACCCUCGGGAGCGUUUGUCAAACUUUUGAAGUAUUUUUCUCAGUGGAAUUUAAUUACAGAGGAGUCCGCUUAAACUGAAAUCUGUGGGACCGACAGAUUUGCUUCAGUUUAGUCAGAUUUCUAGUGUUGAGAGGGUUGCUCAAAUAGAGGUGAUUGUCAACGGCAUAUAGUUGGCAAUGCCAUGCUUACAGUUUUGAAAGUUUUUUUCUAGUCUAACUACUUCAGUAACUGCAAUUUGUGCUGCAGGGAGCGCUUUCUCUGUGAUAUUGUCAGCUUGCUUAAACUUAAAUCUGCUGAACAGGCACACAGAAAAGAUGAAA